UCACGUUUUGCGAUCGGGACGCGACGGCUUCCUACCAACUCCAGCCAGCAACCGACCCUAAAGUGAUAGAGAGGUCUACUUUAGAAUUUGUUGACCAAAAGGAACUUUCAUCCCGUCUUUCAGAGACAAAUUAAGGACAGGAUCGAGUUUUACGAUGAAAAAGCUUGAACUGAUUACGUGUCGGAAAGUAUAUAGCGUCGUCAUUCUUGGACUCCUUCUGCUGGCCUAUUGUUUCGCAUGUUACCAUACAGGCCUAAUUGAUACCCGUCUGGUGAUUCCACAAUCGCUAGCACGCCGCAAGAACUCCACGGACGGUCCUCCAGUGGAGGAUGCAAUAAGAACCCGUGUGAUUCAGACAGGCGACACAGCCAGAUCGUUCUACAGUGACACCCUCGGUAAACUCCCAACGAAUCCACAGUAUCACAGGCGCUGGGAUGUCAACUGCUCUGCCAUUUUUGCCGGAAGUGAAAGAGUUAUCACGAGUGUGGGCAAACAAUUGCAACAUGAGCAACAGGAACAAUCGUUGAUGCCUUCGGAUAGCAAAGUGGUGACGUGGACGAAUGACUGUACAUUAUACAAGAAACAGAGAGGGUAUCCUACGACACCCAACUCGGACGAAGAGGCAGGUUUCCCGUUGGCAUAUAUCCUUGUGGUUCAUACGGGAGCGGCCCAGGUGGAGAGACUAUUGAGGGCGAUUUAUCAUCCGCAGAACGUAUACUGUCUUCACCCGGAUUCAAAAUCACCCAGGGAGUUCCAUCAAGCAAUAGCCGGCCUCGCAAACUGCUUCGACAAUGUGUUCAUAGCUUCUAAACUUGAAUAUGUUGUGUACGCCGGCUUCACUCUGUUGUUGACGAAUAUCAACUGCAUGAAGGAUCUGACUGGUCGACCCGCAUCUGGCCACCCGUGGAGAUACGUGAUGAACCUAUGUGGGCAAGACUUCCCAUUGAAGACCAACCUGGAGAUUGUCAGGCAGUUAAAGGCGCACAACGGCCAGAACGAUAUCGAAUCGUUCGUCCCAGACAAGCGUAAGAGUAGAAGAACUGAGUUUAAAUUCAUCGUGCGAAACAAAUCGAUCGUCAGAACUAAAAGUAGAAAUGGUCCUGCGCCACACCAACUCAAGUUGUACAAAGGUUCAGCUUACUACGCUGUCACCAGAGACUUCGUCCGCUACAUCUUAAGUGAUCCAGUCGCCAUAGAUUUUCUAGAUUGGACCAGAAACACGCACAUGCCGGAGGAAACUUACUGGGCUACUCUUCAACGGGCACCGGGCGUUCCAGGAGGGAAUUACAGAGCAGGCCCACAAAUCAGACUGUUCAGAGUCCGUUAUGUCCUUUGGUACACGAGAGCGUCCCCGCGUAAAUGUCGAGGCAAAUACGUCCGUUGGGUCUGCAUCUUCACAAUCGGAGAUAUACACUAUGUUCAACAGCAACCGCAUCUAUUUGCCAAUAAGUUCUACUACGACUACGAUCCAGUGAGCUUGCAGUGCCUCGAGGAGGCGCUGGAGUUUAGAGUUCGUCACAAAUAAGCUAAGAUUUCUAGGCUGAACACGAAACAAUUCCCCGACCUCCUGCUCAAAUUGAAGACUACUGAGUUGCAGGCCUUACGAUGGAUUUUACAAAUUUGGGCAACAUUCAAUGCCACUUGAAUGUCUAUAAGACAAUGAGAAAUAAUAUAGUAAAGUUCCCCAAAUAUAAACGCACGCUAUUUCCUGAGUGAUGGUGCCGUUAUACUCAAAUUCAUGUUGAGCUGUUGUCCAAUGGUGUCUUUAGAAAGUACGUGACUACCCAUCUUAAAAUAGCACAAGUAUCACAAAUCUACUGAAUAUUUCAGAAAAGGACGUAUAUGCCUAUCCGGAAAAAGGUCAGGAUGUCCUCUAUCCAAUGGUAUUUUACACUUGCCAAGGAUGACUGAGCAAAUAUGGCCUCUUUGAAAGGGGUCAAAAUCAGCACUGUGACAAGGUAAUAGUACACAAUGGGGAAAUGGUGAUAGGGACAAUGAUUAGGUACUUUAGUGAAGGAAUGAAACAAUCUUUCUGAACACUCAAAUCGUUUAAAUUCAGGAAAAAAUGUUGCAACAUGUUACAACAUGACGCCACUUCCACGAUUGUGUACAAAGUCUGUGGAGAGUCACGAAAAUGUUGUAUUUCCUAACAAAAUUGGAAAUGUUUCUC